UUUUUUAAGAAUGUCAAAAGAAACGAAAGAAACCGACCCUAAAGAAUCAAAUUAUUAUAUCGAUUGGUUAGAAAAAUCGAUUGCAAAUGAAUAUCUCAAUUAUUUCGAAUAUUCUGAAUUUAAAAAUUCAGAACUUAUAGGAAGUGGUUCACAUGGAAGUGUCUUUCGUGCUAAUCGAAAAAAUGCCGGAAAUUUUUUCGCUUUAAAAACUUUUAAAAAUUAUGACAAUACAAUGUUAAAAGAACUUGUUAAUGAGAUAAAAUUACAAAAAAGAGUUGACUUUCAUGAAAAUAUUAUACGAUUCUACGGCAUCACGAAAGUGGAAACUGAUAAAUAUUCGUUAGUCUUAGAAUAUGCCGAAAAUGGUACACUAAAAACUUAUUUAAGUAACCAUUUUAACGAACUUAAUUGGGUUGAUAAAUAUCAGUUGGCAUUUCAACUAGCCAAUGCAGUAGAAUGCUUACAUGAUUGUAACAUUAUUCAUCGUGAUCUGCAUGGAGAUAAUAUACUAAUACAUCAAAAAAUGAUAAAGCUAACAGACUUUGAAUGUUGGAAUAAUGAUCCAGAUGAACGUCCAAAUA